AUGACGUUAAGUGACCAAGAAAUAGAAAAUCUUCUGAGUUCGAUCCCAGAAGAUCUGAAGGAAAAGAUUAGAGUUUGGUUUAGAUAUGAUGACAAUCAGGAAACUGUUGAUGAAGUUAAGGAAUUAUGUGUAAAUAAAUCCCUUGAUGAAUUACACAAGCGGUUCGAUCAACGUAUCGUAUUUGGUACCGCAGGCUUAAGAUCCCGCAUGGAAGCUGGUUUUAAUAGAAUGAAUGCUUUGACGGUAUUACAAUCUACCCAAGGUUUAGCUAGCUAUAUUAAGUCUCAGUUUCCUUCAAACUUGACAGCUGUUGUAGGCCAUGAUCAUAGGUAUCACUCAAAAGAAUUUGCGCAAAUAACAGCAGCAGUAUUUUUAAAUGCAGGUUUCAAGGUGUACUACUUGAACCCAAAUGAUGAAUUCGUACAUACCCCAAUGGUACCAUUCGGAAUUAAUUUGUACAGUGCCUCUAUUGGUGUUAUGAUAACUGCUAGUCAUAACCCAGAAAUGGAUAAUGGUUAUAAAGUUUACUACAACAAUGGUUGCCAAAUUAUUCCACCACAUGAUAAGAAUAUUGCUGAAUGUAUUGAGAAGAACCUAGAACCGUUGAGUGACAAUUGGAAUACUGAAGCUGUUAUUUCAAAAGCAAUUGAAAAUGUCAAACUCAUUUAUUCGAAAGAAGAUGUACUACAACAAUAUAUGUUGAACUUAGAUAAGUAUAUAAUUCCAAAAAACAUUUCCCUUGGUACUACCAUUAAAGGGAAAAAACCAUGGUUUGUCUAUACACCUAUGCACGGAGUGGGCUACCAAAUUUUCCAUAGAAUAAGUUCAACAUGUUUGAACUUAGUUGAAGAUAUUGACUAUGUUUGCGUUAAGGAACAAAUAGUUCCUGAUCCUUCCUUCCCAACAGUAAGUUUCCCAAACCCUGAAGAGAAAGGUGCUCUAGAUCUUGGUAUUAAAUAUGCCAAAAAGCAUAAUAUUGAUUUAGUUGUGGCCAACGAUCCAGAUGCCGAUAGAUUUUCAGUAGCUGUUAGAAACCCUCUAACUGAUGAAUUCCAACAGCUUACUGGUAAUGAAAUAGGUUUCUUGUUUGCUUAUUUCCUAUGGGAACAGUAUAGUAUGUUACCUGCUGAUUUUAAGGAUAAGUUUCCUUUAGCUAUGAUUAAUUCAACCGUCUCAUCACAAAUGAUCAAAAAAAUGGCAGAAGUAGAAGGGUUUUAUUAUGAAGACACUUUAACGGGCUUCAAAUGGAUUGGUAAUAAGGCUCGAGAAUUAGAAAAGGAAGGUUAUUAUGUUCCAUUUGGUUUUGAAGAAGCCAUUGGUUAUAUGUUUCCAAAAAUGGAAUGUGACAAGGAUGGUAUUACGGCAACUGUAGUGUUUCUUCAAGCAUACUAUGGAUGGUGUAUGAAUAAUAAGCAAAGUCUUUUUGACAUAAUAGAAACAGGUUUCAAAAAAUAUGGAGUUUUCAAAGAAUAUAAUGGUUAUUAUAUAGUGAAUGAUUUAUCAUUGACUAAAAUAAUAUUUGACAAUAUCAGAGAAAAUAAAAAUGAUAAAGAAAAAUAUGUAUCUCAUAUUGGUACUGAGUUUAAAGUAAUAACCUUCAGAGAUUUGACAUUAGGAUACCAAUCUGAUACCAUUGGAAAUGUUCCCACUCUUCCAGUUGAUCCAUCUUCACAGAUGAUUACAAUGACUAUAAUCCCUACUUCAUUGCCAGAGAAUGGUUCUGUUAGGUUUACUAUUCGUGGAUCAGGCACCGAACCAAAAUUAAAAGUAUAUAUUGAAGCUAACGCUAAAACUGAAGCAGAGGCAAACCGUUUAGCAAAACUGACUUGGGACGUCUUAAAAAGAGAAUGGUUCAGUUCUGAAAAAACAGGCUUGACUACAAAUUUCUAG